AUGACGAAGGAUUGGGACGUUGAUUUGAUGCCUAGGAAGAAGUACUCUUGGGGUUCGGUUCUUGAGGAUGUCAGAUUGAGGAGGAGCGAUUUGGCCACGUGCGGACAUUGGAUGUGGAGGGUUACGCAACUCAAUAUCGAAGCCGUGCAGUAUAUGCAAGGAUGCGCCACGUAUUUGGUGCCGAAACCGACGGUAAUAGCGACGACGAUUUUCGAUCCGUUCUCAUUGUGCAUCUGGAUUUUGAUUGCGAUCUUAACGCAGAUCGUCUCGUUCAUCCUGUAUUUAACGCAAAAGUAUAUAGUUGGGAUAAACAGGAAUUACAGUUACUGCUUCUUGGAGGUGUUCCGGAUUUUGGCUCUAAACCCGAUGACGAAUUUUCCGACGCACCGGAAUCUAAAGUUCAUUUUGGUCUUGUGGUAUUCGACCGCUCUUCAGUUGAGCAUCGCUUUCUCUGCUGGUUUCACCAGCACUUUAACGCACGAGAAGUACACGAAUCCUGUUGACAAUAUCAAGGAUAUAGUUUACAAUGAUGUCGCUUGCUACGAUGUUGGGACUAGUCUCUCGUCGUGGCUCAAGUAUUCGGAUAACGUUUUCGUGAAGAUGCUGGCCAAAACGAUCAUUUCCAAUCACACCAUGGAGAACUUACCGGACGACGCGUGUCUAGGAGCUAAUGUCAUCCGCAGAUUCGUCGUGCCGGAGAUCUCGGACAUUCGCGAAGACAUCAAAGAUAAAAUCAAGUUGAUCUCAGAAUGCGUAGGCGAAUUCUUUUUAACUUUCGCCCUGCAAAAGAACUCACCUUAUUCGGAAUUCGUCGACCGGAAAAUAAGGAUGUUUCAAGAGCACGGCUUAACAGAAGUCUGGUUCAAGUACGCCAUAUACCAGGACUACAAUUACUGGCAGAAGAUGUCUCAGUACGUCAUGCCGCGUACCUCGAUCAUAAGGAAAAAGUUGAAUUACGAUCAGAUGGAGGGAGCCUUCUACGUUCUACUCGUCGGCCUCUUAACAGCGUUCGCCGCCUUCAUCAUCGAGAGUUUCAAUUAG